GUUCAAGACAAAUUCCGUCUGGAUCUGUCUGAUGAGGAAGCUGUACACUACAUGCAGAGCCUGAUUGACGAAAGUGUCCAUGCUCUCUUUGCAGCGAUGGUGGAACAGAUCCAUAAGUUUGCUCAGUACUGGAGAAAAUGAGACCUCCUCAACUUUUGAAGACAAGAAUUCACACACAGCUGCCGCGUGGAACUGCUGAAGAUAACAUCAAACCAGGAUGUAACUUUUCUUCCUUGGAUAAUCCAUUUAUCAAGAACUGCCAUUCCGAACUAGGUCAAUCAAGGGUGUUGUAUGUUCUUCACUCUUGGUUAUCAGCCAUAGUUUGGAAAAACCACCAUAACAAGAAGAAAAUAAACGUCUUACGGUUUUUGAAGGACAUCUGGGCAACCUAUUAUUGUGGUUUGUUGGGACAAAAAGCCUGAAAUGUCUCCUUGCACUUAACCUGGACUUUGUGGUCCCUUUAGAAGAACACAACUAUGGAAAGAUACCUGCGGCCAAAGCUUAUGAACUUGGGAGUGAAGUUUGGGGUCCAAACAAAGUCAGACCUUCCUUUUAAGAGUAGGUUAAUUCCUACAGUUUAGAAAAUGGGAUCCUAACAAGGUCUCAGCGGAUCUGGACCUUAGAACAAAACCAAGUUCUUAAAGACAUCAGUGAUGGACUUCAAAUGCCUGACAGGGAGAGAGCGACAGAUUUCGCUUUCCAUAGAAAAACAUAAUGUAUGUUGACUUUAUCUGCCAAAUCUAAUAAAAUGACUUUGGUGCAA